CGCCUUCUAUCCCUGGUUGGUGCCUUUGUGCAAGUGGUUCUAUUGGAUCGAUCCGAAUACGUACGUAAACGUCCCAGCCUUAGAGGAACGCGUUGGCUGCCUGAACCACUCUAGACCGCAUUAUUUUGGUUAAGGCUAGUGCCGCACCACAUGCAUCCUUUUUAACUACGUUGUUUGAUUCUUGCCUUUGUUUUCUGCAAAGGGGAAACGAGGUCGAUUCCUGGCUUUGUCUUCUGCAACGGGAAAAGGAUGUUCCCAGGGAUGUUCCCAAGGAUGCCAAUACGGUAUUUCUAAUUUGGCCUGCUGGCUGGCAUGCAGAACCAUGAGACUGGCGAAAACUUCCUCAUGCAUAAUAGGGACAUGUUAUGGCUCGUGGGAGAUGCGCUAUAUUACUAGAGUAUGCAGCAUUGAUUUGCUUAUGCUUUAUUUGCACGUAGGUAGAUCUAAGCCUAAUCACUAGCAUGUUGCUCGCUUGUGAUAGACCUCAUCAUCUUCUAACAAGAGGCCUGUUGCUCAGCCGUGAGUUGGCGUCUCUAGCUUAUUAUUGGACGGGUGUGUGCUUGAAAAUGAUACCUGCGCAACCGUAUACCCGUCAAGGCAUCGGCUAUGUCUUUGCGACGUGCCUGAGCGACUUGGGCCACGUUUCGGUAGAGGUAUGAGCAGUGUAUUUCUGGGUGCUCGAUAUGGAUUCUUUCUCUUACUAGCAUCGUCAAGAGGUUACAACUUUACACAUGAUGUGUAGAAAAAUGACAGACACAGUCCUGCUAUACUAUCUCUAAUGAAAAACUUCGCAGACGAAAGACGCAACUUUGUUCAUGGACCAGAAGCCGGUCGGGAAUUUUUCGAGGAAACGAACCCCAUCAUGCGCAAGUGUCUGUUUGCGAUUGGUCCACUGCCAAAGGGAAGAGCUGGAAAUCGGAUGUACUACGACAUCGAAAGCAACCUUACUUUAAGGAGGUCGUUCUUACAAAUUCAUCUUUGACUGCACUCCCAUUCGUUUCUGAAAAGUAUGCUCGAGCCUCGAGGUAAGUAUUGUACCUUUGUUCGGUACUCUUGUUCGGGCUAUACUCUUCAAGGAUGCAUGCAGUUGCAAGAAGGCAAGAUGAACAAUUGCGAAGAGGUCCUCGGUCUAAUUACUUGGGCCCGCUGGCACCAGGGCGUAGAUUGCAAAGGAGACACAGAUCUUGGUCGCUAUACAUUCAAAGAUCUGGCAGGUAACGUUCAGCCCUACUACUCGGACGAAGUGAAGUUGGCGAUUUGGCGCUGUGGUCAGGACCGUUAUCAACGUCUGGACACGCAAGAAGUGGACAAAUACUGUGCAGCGCGUAGUCCGCGAGAGGGUGAGGGCAGUGUCCGAGAAGAAGUUUUUUUUGACACGCGUAUAGUUGCGAAAAAAGACUAUCGUCCUCGUCUUGAUCCACAGCUGCAGCGCAAAAUGCAGGUCGUACUAGAGCAAAAUAGAAGUGCUGGAGGGGGAGGAACUACUCGCGAAACGACCACAGAACAACAGAUCAGGCAGAUGAAACAGACUAGAGGUAAAAAGUCCCCUGAAGAAGCUCUCGCAUUACGGAACCUGCGCAGAACCUCCGGAGGUGCGGGUGCAUCCGACACACGAGUGCUCGUGCAAACUGGAAGCAGGAGUGGGUCUAUACUGGAUGAGGAACUUCUUCUAGGUGGAGCAAGUGGUUCAGCAUUAUGGUUCUUACCAUGUGCUGGGGAGCUUCUUUGUAAGUAAGUAUUUACAACUGGCCUCUUCACUUGUCAGUCUUCAAAUUCAUAUCCGAAAUUUAAGUAUUUAAAUUCUCCAUGGAAGCUGAAACCUUUGAAACAUGUCAAGAAUCUCUAAGAACUAUGCAAAGCCUCCUUGUUGAGUCAUCGCCUUCCUUUUCCAGUGCCGGGGAAUUACUACAGUAUCAGGCUGAGCGCACACGAGGCAUCGAUCCUUCAGUCUACGCGGUACAAUUGCUACCGUCACACAGUGUCGAUGUGCCGAUGUUCUCGCGUAGUCCCGUAGGCUACCUCAAUGUCGUGAAGGAGGUUGCACUAGCAGAGCCGAAAGGGGAUCAGGAGGAGGUUGUAGAGGGUGGGAACAAGUCGAACGAUACAACAACAAUGACGAGUGCAGCUUUAGGCGUAGAAAAUGGCAAGAUAGCAUCUUCUUCUUCAUCGGAUGGUGAAGUAGGUUCAUCGCCAAAUACAACUGAGGAGCCCUUGGUGUCGGAACUCCAACCGUCUUCAGCACCGAUCGUACUGGUUGCGACAGGAAGGAGCACAGUGGCAGAACCAGAAAGUAGGAAAGGCGUCUUCAAUGGGUCGGACUUGUUUUAUGGAGGCAUUUGAAUUCUUCAUCUAAGUACCUCAAGUUGAGUGGUUCCGGUAUUUGGUAACCUGAAUUCGAUCGCAAGGAUUCUCUUCUUGUUUUCCUUAUGAUCAAAAUCAGGCUACCAAAUACUAGAACCAUUCAUGAGUACUCCCACUCGCCCCCGUUCAGGUUAUUUCUACAUCAGUGUAAGUACCUUCGUUGAUUACCUCUUUUGAACAUGAACCUGAACUUGUUGCGCUGCAUUACAGAUACUUCUUCUCGCUUUCAUAUUAUCGGCAUUCAAGCAGCAGCUAGUGGGUUGCCCUUAGCAACGAAGGAACACAUCAAUGACUUUCGAGAAGCUGCUCGACAAGUUUUCUCCUACAGUCCUGAAGGAGCUGCAUCUUCAAGCCCAUCGACACUUUCCUCUUCCUCAAAGCAGUCUUCUAGCGCAGGUCUGAGCAUUUCCAAGAACGGUAAUAGUGAAGAAGAUGACCAGAAGAUCAAGAUCGCUUCUACUGACGUUCAGUCUGGUCCCUUUCGUCCUGUGAGUUCUGGGGAACUGAAUUCCUUAGGCUUGCAAGCUGAGUUGAAGCCAGAGCCGCCAUACUUUCUGUGCAUAUUUGUGCCUGUGUCUUUUCGGAAGACAGCUUACGUCGAAACGGCACGUGCAGCACGAGAUACGUGGGCGAAGUUAUGCUUUGCGUAUACACAGGAGUACUUAUUUGGUUUUGAAAUCGCAUUUUUACAAGUACAACUUAGGGUCAUCGAUUUGAAGUCAUGCCCGGUUUAGCCUGAGAGACGAUGGGAUACCUUUCAAAGAUCCUGAUGGCACUCAUAUUCUUCAACAAUAUGAUCUUGCCGUGGUGUACUACUUUUUAACAUGAUUCUAAACAUUAUUAUUAUUUUUGCUUACCUAAAGGUUUGUCGGGAGCUGCCAGCAUCAUGGAAAUACUGUCAGACCACGUCUCUACAGUCAUCAUGAACGAUGGCAACAGGGACAACAGCAUGCAACAUGAUUCUUACAUCUAAAUCAAAAUCGAUCUCCUCCUUCAAACCGAGAGAUGAGCCUCUUCCUGCUCUAAUGGAAAACUCCACUGACGUGCGUGUGUUCUUCCUCGAGCCACCUGGCGGCAUCUCUUCUGUUUCUUCGUCAAUCGCGCACGACGAUAUUCCCACUGUAGUUUUCCCUGAAGACCUGGAGACCGACUAUGCACACCUGCCUUUGCGGACCUUUCUUAAGGCUUGAGAAAGUCCAUCUUUUCCAACUACAUUUAUUUUGGUUCCAUGACUUUUAUCUUUAUGAAGUGGAACGAAAAUGACCCGAGAAGAUGCUGGAGAGGUCUAAGCUUCGUAUGUUCGAGGUUUUGGGCAGACAUCCAGUCUACAGAGACAUGUGUCAUUGGUACAUGAAGGCUGACGCGGACAGCCACGUACACACGCAAGCGUUGUUAAGGCUUUGGUAAAUACAAAUACCCUUAUACCGGUACUUUAGCGCUCCUCUGGAGGUACUAGCUUACUGGUUGGCCUCGCAAGUAGACGCUAAUAGCUACACAACCACAAGAGGUACCAUGACAUGACAUGACAUGACACGACAUGACAUGUUGUAUGCAUCAGCUUCAGCGGUCGUUGACUCUCACUGUCACUGUCACGAGGAACUUACAACAUUGAAUAUAUUUAUAAGAGUUGAAGAGAUUUGGGCGUCCUUGCUCUUACCUUUAUCCUUGCCUUGUCUUCUCCUUCUCGUCUAAGUUGACUAGAGCGCCUGACCUGUUUUGGAGACACGCGCAGGCAUUGGUUUGUUGGCGUUCCGCAGGUCGCGGAAGGUCGCUACGGACGGAAUAGCUUUUUUGCUUCUGUUAUGGCUAGGUGUGACUGUCGCGAAUAAGUCCUCAUCAUUCGACGUUCUGAUGCUGAUGCAUCCCUAAGAACAUUCUUAGAAGUUCAGUUGCAAUAGUAAGUAAGCACGUGUGAAUAUGUGUCCAGUACUAGAGAAGAUGUUUUCCGAGAAGGCAAAAAUUUAAAUUUUAAUUUGUGUAGAAACAGGACCCAUUGUCAUUCCCAUUCUUCUAACCUAUGUGGUGGCGGCUACUUUCUAUCCAGAGGUCUAGUGCAAAAGGCAGGUGUGUGGAGCUCUUUCUGCUUGUUGGAAAGUAUCAGAGGUGUCGGCGGAGCAGGCAUGGAGGAUGUCUUGUUUGCAGGCUGCCUAAGAAAGUGGGGGCAUGUGCAGUUAUGAGGACUUGUUUGUUUGAGAAUAAACCGAGUUAGCCAUGGAUGGCACUCGCAAACGAUGCUAUAUCUGUGAUAUAAAGGUCCUUCUGCUUUUACCGCUAACCUUCUAUCGUAGUGGUGGAGCCCUAACUAGGAAGAACCAAAAGAAGGACGCUAACUAGCAAGGACCAUUAACCUACUGCAGCACAUUAGAAAUGCUCUAAUCCCAGUCGCGCAAUACGGAUUGGACAGUGAAUUUUCGACAGACACAAGGAGACAUUUCGCGUUCCGCACCAAGGAGCAGCCAGCGCGUAAGUGCAGAUUCGUGACGCACUCACUCACUGCGCGCGAGAUUUUCAGGGUGCAUCGGUGGCGUUAUCGCGGUCUCUGUCCAGUAGAUGGGGAGGAACUGGCCACGGAUGCCAUGGUUGUGAGCUAUUCCACGACUGGGGAAUUGCUCAAGGCACCCAAGUUUCGGACACCUGAGUAUCGCGCGUUGUACCAAUGCAGCAUGCGCAGAGUAGAACCAGUUGUAGAAAUGACCUCUUCUGCUCCAUCUGGAACUGGAACAAGUACGUCUAAGUCGACUACAUGUCUUGGGGGUGUGCCAUUGAUAUCUGCGGAAGACGAAGGUCAGGAUGGUUUCCCUGUUGAUGCUGCUGAGACGUCCUCUGCGUCCUCAUCAGUCGUGUCCUCUGGAGCAUCUUCUCCCUCUGCUCUUUUGCAUUCCACCAUGGUAGCACUCGCACAGCGUGCUUAUGUGCGGGGCGCGCGCUGCGUGGACUCGAGAGGAUAUUUCUCCUUCUCUUAAGGCUUGCUGAGCAAUACAAUGGGUUGUAAAAUGAAGUAUUUAUUAUUAUUGGUAGCUUAAAAUCUUCUCCUAAUUUUUAUGAAUCAGAUUCAGAAGAUACAAAUUAUCUACAAGUUGUACCUCAUGAUCUAAUGAUCGCGAAAAGUCGUCAAUUCCGAAGUCGGGGACGCUGGCUCAGCGUCGAUAGCGUGGUUUCUAGACUACGGGAAUAGCACAGCCAGGUUUCCCCAACGAUGUCUGGAAGGUGGUCGCAAUUGUUUGGAUUGAGACCUUGUCCGAAGCCGAACAGCAGCAACUAGCUUCACUUUUUUUUGUUUGAGAAUAUAGCCGGCGUUUGGUAGUAUUAUCUUUGAAUCAGUCGUAAUAUAGAGAUCAAGAACCACCCCGAAACUAAAAUUGAAACAGCUUAGCAUCAUCUUCAAGAAGUUAUUUAAGUACGAAAAAUCUUAUUUGGUUCCAGUUAGUAUCUUCGCAGUUCUUGGACACAUCGAGGACCACAAUGUCAAUGAGGACUAGGGACGUUGUAGUAUAUUCAUAAGGUGACUGGAUGGGAGAAGAAGCUGCUGUUCUGCGGUUUCUUUUCCAACAUAU